ACUUGACUUACUGGAGUUGGUUCAGUCACUGGGGCAAUGUGACUUAGGCGUUUGGGAACGUCGCGCAUGAUAAUAACUGAGUAGUCCUCUUUUUCUGUGUUAGGAAUAUUUAUUUUAAGGCGUUUGUUCAGUAUGAGUUACAGGCAUGGAGAGAUGGAUUGGCGGUGGACAGUUUUCACACUGUUUUUAAACUUUCAGUUCACUUACGGGUCUCCCUCCUCUUAUGACCUGUUCCAAGGGUCUGCAUACACUGGAGUGGUACACAGAGAGAGAAACAGGAACUGGUGCGCCUAUGUGGUGCACAAGAACGUGAGCUGCGCCGUGCAGGGGAGUGUGGAGAGCUUCCAGGAGCCCGUGGUGGCCCCCUGCCCAGCCUACCAGCCCGACUGCCAGCGACAAGUGACAUAUCGAACUCGGUUUCGACCCACGUACAAGAUUGCCUACAAGACAGUCACAGAGUUAGAGUGGAGAUGCUGUCCUGGUUACCAAGGUCCAGACUGCAAAGAUUUAAAACCACCCCCAGAUCGGCAAACAGUGCAGGGAACACAGCCUUACCUCCCACCAAAUCCAGGCCAUACAACCAGACACACACAGAGACCAGAGCGGAGAGAGACAGGGCACCAUGAGAUGAGGCAUGGUGGGACUGAUAAGGUGCGUAUUCUGGAAGGUGAAGUUCAGCGCCUCUCUCAGACAGUCCUGGAUCUCCAGUCUGCUUUGACAGGGUUAACUACUAACCUCCGCACAGACCUGCAAGAAGACACUAAGAAGGUGCUGGUGACUCUUCUUAACAACAUGCAUCCACCAGACAGUGCUACAACUGCAGGCACAGAGGAGACCCCAGCAGUGCUAGACGGUCAUCAGGCUACCAGAGGUGGGAUUGCUGGAGACAAGGCCAUAGAAAAAAUAAUGGCCCGGUUGGAUGAUAUCAACAAUGCUCUGAAAAGUAAGGAUGAAGCUUUGGAAGACUUAAGAGGAACCAUGACAAGUCAUGAGGGGCAGAUACGUGUCCUGAUGGAUGCCUCUCAAUCUCAGUCUCCAGCCAUAGCGGAAUUUGAUGCUAUACAGACCUACAUUGAUGGAAAAUUUGAGAAUCUGAAGAAGGAGCUUGACCAGAAUGUGGAGGAACAAAUGGCCAAGCUACAAAGUUCAUGCACUGACAAGAUCCAGAGUUUGCAGAAGACCUGUGAAGACAGCUGUGACCAAGGUUUGGCCAGCCUGUCCAAGCUGGUGGACACUAAGGAGGCAGACCUGAGAAAGGAGAUCCGGGCAUUACGUCUGGACAUGGCUGCUGCAGAUGGACCUGUACGAACUCAAAGGCAGACGGAUCCAUCCAAAGAGGAAGAGGAUCGUAGUGACCACAAAGACCUGUGGCGUGAGAUUGAUCGAAUUGCAGAGGCUCAUCGCAUCCUGAAUAUUCGCAUUGACAAUGAGCUGGCGCACCUGUCUGCACCUCAGGAAGACACUGAUUUUGGCAUGCUGAUUGAGGAGCUAGAGGCACGUAUAAAUAUCACAGAACAAAAUGCAGAGACUCACUGUUUCUACAUUGAAGAGAAGCUGACCCGUACAAUCGUGGACGAAGUGGCAGCACUUCGACAGCUUCUAGAUGAGCGUCUGAACAACAUGGAGGACCAGUUUACCAACAUGCUGGUAGAAAUGAGCAACAGUUCAUUCCCAGGGAUGUUUGGUGACUCCAUGGAUGCCAUCCAGGCCGAAGUCAACAACAACAAGUUCCUUCUCCAAGGUUUGGAUGAUAAGAUCAAUGCUGUUGGAGAGUUGUGCUCUGCAGGAUGUUCAGGCUCUGGAAUUUCUGUAGGUGCAGCAAGUUCAUCACCCACAUCUGACGGCCUAAAAAACAUUUUUAAGGACCUGAGUAGGUAUAGGAAUGACUUGGACAUUCUUCACACAAAUGUCACUGCCAACACAAACAAGCUCAGGCAACUAGAGCAACUUGUUGAAAGGCAAUCAUCUGGGAAUGAGAGACAUGCCAAGACAAUGGAUGACUUCCAGAAAGGAUUAAUUAAUCUCCAAGAUAAUGUGCUUGGUCUGGCUGGUGGUGUUACAGGGUUAAGGGACUCCUUGAGCAAAUACAACCAGGAUAUGUACAGAAUAAAUUCAACGUGCUGCCAUGCAGAGCAGAGUGGCCAUUGGGACAACCGGCCAUCAGUCAUUGCAGCGCCCAGCGGACAGGCAGACGACACCAGACAUCAGGUGGAGGAGCUGAAGAACAGACUUGAUACACUCAGUGAACAGGUAUCAUCUGAACUGAAUCAGUGUAAACAGAACACACAGGGUGUUUCUGAUGACAUUUCUGCUGUGGAUGGACGAGUGACCAGACUUGAGAAAGUGUGUGGAAGGUUAGAUGGGGUUUCAGUCAAUAUCAAAGAGCUGAAAGAUGGGCUGGAGAGACACGUUGGCGGUCUGAGGGACUGUGUCUACAGAAUGAAUAUAACCUGUGGAAAUCAUGGCGCAGACAUCGUUGCACUGCAGAAUUCCUUGCAAAAGUUCCAGGCACAGCUGUCCACGAUGGCCAAACAUGUUUUGAAAGACGUCACUGCCAAAGAGCCAGGAAUGACCUUAAGACCAGAGAGGCCUGUUACUCUGCCAGAUCCAACUCAGACCAGAACCAGAAUAAAACAAAUCCAGAUCCCUCUAAUCAUCCCACCGCCACCAUCCAGCCCCAGGCAACCUUACAAUCAACCAAUGCAGCCCAACACGCACACAAUCAAGAUCAGUCCACCAAGCCAGCCGUCCAGGCCCCAGCAACCAGGCCACCACACUCUGCCCCUGGUUCCUGUAAGGCCGGUGGUGGAGUCGGGCGAGGCAGGACCUCCAGGGUACGUUCGAAGGGUGACUGUGCGGAGAGGCUCUGAGCACUCCUCUAGCAUGCCUGUCAAAGGCUUUGCUGGAGCACCCGGCUAUCCCCCUCUGCAGCCUGCGUCUUUCAAGCCUCAAUCAACCAGCCGCCAAGUUCCCAUAGCAGCAAAGGUGCCAUGGAACCCGAUGUAUCAAGCUCCAGCUGAAUCGCCAGUUUCAGUGGACAACAGUGCCUUUGAAGAUCCUUUCUCCUUCUCCGCCGGCCUCACUCAGCAGCCCUUCUCUGGAGAGUUUGGCAUCAUUCGCUUUAACAGGGUUCUAGUCAACGACGGUGGACACUACAAUCCCCACACAGGGAUCUUCACUGUACCACUGGACGGCCGAUACCUGAUUUCAGGCCUGCUAACUGCAAAGCAUGGUGACCGUGUAGAAGCCGUCCUGUCAGUGUCUAACCGCAGCGUCCAGAAGCUGCAGAGCUUAGCGGGUCCUGUCCUCGGUCAACACCAGAGCUCGGCCCGCUCUAACUGCGCCUGCGGCGGCGGCUCGGUGUCUUUCAGUCUGAUCCUGCCCCUGAGGAAAGGAGACCGUGUGGGUCUGGUGAGGACCGGAGGCCAGCUAGCAACCACCGAGGCCAGGGAAAUCCUCUCCACCUACAGUGCCAUCUUCCUGUAUGCAAAGCAGGCCAAAAGAUAGCUGGAGCUCACAUGGAGACUGCCAGCAAAGACUACUUUGUUCCCAGAUAGCUGGACUGGAGUAAAUGUUGAAGAAGCCAUGGUUUUCACUGAUUUGCGUGUGAUGCAGCUAUUUUAACCACACAGUGCUGCUGUGUGAGGAGCCUCAGUUAUGAAUUCAGUUAAGAAGACAAUACGUUGCAAUUUGUAAACUGUUGCCUAAAGAUACCUGAAUACAAGAAGUAGGAUUUGUUCCUAAUAUAUUUGAUUAUCAAGUUGCCUUUUUGUACCUAUUGUGAAUGUCUUGUGUAAAAGUGUUGAUAAAUUAACCUUAAAAAAAUCAUAAAAUAUAAGUUUUAUUUUAACAAAACCAUGUCAGAGAAUCAGCAUAUGGUCAAGCAUAACAGUGGAACAGAGUAUUGUUGGUUAGGCAAUAAACCUUGAUAAAUCACCUUUAAACAUGAGCUCAGUUCAUCUUACUGUGUGAUCUGGGCUGUAGAAGAAGAGAAUGAUUAAUAAUUAAUAAGCAUACGUGAGGGGACUGAUGUUGAAAAGCGUGAGACACAACACAAUACAAGCUUUUAUUAAUGUUGCAAACUUGGCCGGCUUCAGAAGCUGCACUGAGAGCGACUAGGUUAGAAGGCAAAAAUCCCCACUUGGGUCAUUACAUAAAGUGGGUGUGGAUGAAAAAUAAAUUUCCGCUGUCCUCACUCCUGAGAUUUAGACAGUUCCCCAACAGCAAACCGUAAGAACCAGGAGUGUAUUUAACCUUCAGUUCAGCCUCUGCUAACCUUUGAAAAGAGAGAAAAAUACUUAUUUCUAUUCACAGUUAACAGACCAUGGAAUUAAUGCUUUUAUAAAUUUUUCAUGUUUGUGCUAUUAAAUCAAACAAACUGAAAUUUGGAAUGACCUGAGGGAUAUAAACUGCAAUAAACUUGCUCAUGUAUCGUUACUUAAAAAAAUAAGCAGUAGGGUAGAAGUUGCUGCACUAGCCUGUGGUUACCGCUGACCUUUUCUCUCUGACUCAGACUCAAGACAGGAAAUGUGUAGCACACAAAUGUAUUCAGUUAGAAACUUUAUUUCAUACCAAUAUGUCCACAAGCCACACUUUGUUAGCUUUAUUAGGCCUGUAUUUUUUUUUUUCCUCUUACAACAGAUUUUCUUCAUUAAACAUACUUUGAACCACGUUUCUAUACAAAUCAAACACAGCGUACACUUAAGGUAUUUCUGUUGUUCAGACACAAUCAAAUAACAAGCGUUACCUCCGAAUGGAACGAAACAAACAGUUCCACAAAAAAAGAUCAAACACUUCAGAAGAAAUGAUAAAACAAAAAGGCAUCGAAGACAGAAGAAUGCGAUGAUCAGUAUAUAUACUGGAUCAGUUUCCACAGCAGUUGAGCAGUGAGAAAAAAACAAUAUUAUAUACCACAUAUCCCAGGAUCAUAGAGGAUGAAGUGUGAUUCUUCCACACAAGAUGCUUUACUUUCAUAGAAAGAAUGGAAUUCAUUUUGUUAAUUAUAAGAUAUAUCUAUUUGACUUCACCGCACUUCGUAGAGGACGAGCAAACGUAUCAAAGCGAAACACGCGUCUUAAUCAUCACAAAAACAUCGGUGACACAGAGUGAAUGCAGAAACGCUUCAGGCAAAAAUAAUGAUGACUUAUAUCUGGAUGACGAUCUGGAUGCAGCUUUCACCGUCAAUUGUGCUUUGUGUUUGUUUUUUUCCCCAUCAAAUGGUUUUGUCUGUUAAGUCUCGCUCCUGCUCCUUUAUGAUUUUUAAUCCUCGCUAAGCACAUGUCAUCAUCAUCAUCAUCAUCAUCUUACUGUUGUACUUGUGCUGGAGGUAUGAUCCAUGUCAGUGGAGUGGCUCAUCUGCACACAACUGUUUUCCUCAAACAUACACACAUAAUGCCACUGAAGCACUUCAAAAAGCUUCCUGUACACAAUCAAGUAUUUCCUGUUUAUUCCCAAACAAGACCCAGUGGCUCUUCCUCUGGUCAGCAGAAGCACAGGAUCAGUCUUUACUCUGUCUCUCACACACACAUGCACAUGCACACACAUACACACACACAAGUGGUGGAGGUGGUGCUACCUUCAUGUCUCUUCAGCACCCCAAAUAUUUUGUUUUUAAUUCCCUUUUUU